AACACUCAGAAGCUAGGGUUUUUGUAUUCCUCCUAAAAUCACAACAAUCAAACCAAACACAGAUCGGAUCGAAGAUGUUUCCAGGAAUGUUCAUGCGAAAACCCGACAAAGAAGCCGCUCUGAAGCAGCUUCGUGUGCACGUUGCCUUGUUCGGGGGGUGGGUUGCAGCUAUUCGGGUCGCUCCAUAUGUACUCCAUUACUUUUCUGGCAGCAAAGACGAGCUUGUUCUUGAUAUUUAGAGAUUUUGAUGUGAUAAGGCUGUGUGGAACAAGUGUGGUUUGAUGACAAAACUCAUGGGUCAUUUUAAUUUUUUAUGAAGUUAUGUUAUGUUUCAAUUUAGGAAAGUACAUUUCUGCUACUACAUUUUAUAAAUUUGCUCCCUGAACAUCUGUCAUCAAAUUAUAUAAGCUUCGCUCAAGUGGCAUGUGCAUCUUUGGCUGAAA